CGAAAUUGGCGGGACCCAGGAGCUAUAAUGUGACAGUUGAUAUAUAAAAACAUGUAGAAUAUACUAUGUAUUUUAUAUUUUUGUGGUUAAAAUUUAAGGAAAUGGUAUAGUAAAGUGCAGAAGUACAUCGAAAAGGCGUCUAUAUUAAACUAUUUGCAAUUGCAAUGGCAUCUAAAACACGAGUGUUGGCUCCUGCUUAUCAGGGGAAAGAAUUCAUUGGCAGGCAUACCUUGGAAGUUAUCAAUGUCAAUGCUCGAGUGGGAAGAAAUGGUGUGGAACGCAUCAGUGAUUAUUUUCGAGACAUGGAAUCUUUCAAUGCAGAUUCGGAUUCAGAAGAAAGUGAUUCCUGUGAAAAAUCGAACUCUUCACAAAAUAAUAUCAAUGGUUCCAUGAAAAAGUGCACGAAAAGUACACGAAGUAGAAGAAAAUUUCCUGUUGAAAAGUCAUUACAACCAUCACCAGAUUCUGCCGUCUGUAGUGCCGAAGACAUGCCGUACAACGUGGAAAAUGUCGCUCAUCAUAAUGAAGAAACGAGAAAUAAAAUUUUGUCCAACAACUCUAAAGGAAGUACGAAAAGUUCUCAAGUGCAAGAGAAAAGCUCGAGGGGAAAACCAGAAGAUUCACCUAUUAAUCAAGAAAAUGUUCCAAAAAACACCAUUACCUCAUCGUCAAAACCAGUUUCAUCAUCUUGCAAACAGAACCUGUCCCCUGUAAAAUCUGCUCAUGCGCAUGAAAAACGGAAAUCGUCUCCUUCUCCUGUACUGGUUUUAUCAACUCCCAAAAGAUCAAGCAACCAUCCUCCGGCUAGUGUAAAUGCAUCAGAGGUCGAUAUUCCUUCGUCAACAGAAGAUAAUGUUAAUACUAAAAGCCCUAGAAAAAGGUUGCGAUUUUCACUGACAAAUACCAGUUUAUUUCCAGAUAACAAAUUACACGACGAAAGAAGCUCGCAUAUUCGAAUAACGGCCGUCGAAGUGGAUGACGUCAUUCAAAGCAACGACACGUUCCUCACAUUAAAGAAGAAAACUAACCGUGCCUCUCGUGCGACUCCGGCCAAUGUUUCUACUAUUAGAAAAGCGUGUAGUCGAAGUAAAAUUCCGAUACCUAAAAGUAAAUCCAAAAAUAUUUUGAAGAAAUGUGCCCCUCGAAAACCAUUGACGGAAGUGCGUGGCACAAGCAACGUGUUAGAGAAGCAAACGACAGAAGGUGAUUUGGAGGACGACUGUGAGAAAAACAUGGAUGCAGACUAUUUUCGUGAAGCAGGCACAGCGAAAUCGUUGAAAAGCAGGAAACAUGCUUCAGAAAUUUCCUAUGAAGAGAAUGGACCUCAACCUGCUGCUGCUCAUAGUAUCAGACUGACAGAAAAAUCUUCGCGUAAGACAAACAGCAGACUUGUUAACAAACUUCGGUCAGCUAAAGAGGAAAAAAAUGUGGAAUCUUCAAGAAACGCGAAAAGAAAAGCCAAACGUUCUGCUGAAAAGCGUGUCAAUGAUUCAAACUUAAAAGGGAAUACUCGAAGUACAAAAGCAAUCGAAACUUUUGAAGUAAGCGAAACAAGUAAAACUCCUUUAGAAAAGGACGACAAAAUUGGGCACAGAUCCUGGAACGAAUCCAUUGAAGACGAUUUGGAGAUACCAAUUCAUAAUUUGGACGUGAAUAGUCCAGAAAAAAAUACGAAAGUAGUUCGAGCUCCGAGAAGAGAAAAGAAAAAAAAGGCAGAAAAGAAGAACGAGCUGUCAGCUUCAAACUCGAGUGGCAAAACUGCACACAAAUCGUCUAAGGAUUCCAUCGAAGGCGAUUCGGAGACAGCAUCUCAUAAUUCCGUGUCGUCCGACGACAUGGAUGCCUCUUCAUCUGUAGUACGUAAAGGAAAAGUUCCAAAGAAACGAAGCGAAACUCUUGACAUUGAAGAGAGUACAGUGACGAAAACUAAACACAAUGGAGAAAAACUAGUUGCGAAGCUGUUGGAAAGCGUGACAGCUGAAAACGCCGAAGAAGAUAAGAUUUUGGGUCCAAGAAGAAGUAAACGAAACCGUGUCCCUCCUCUACAAUUUUGGAAAAACGAUCGCAUCGAAUACGAACGGCGUAAAUCAGGUUUUAUCGUGAAAGACGUAAUCCUCAAUCCAACUCCGGAAAUAUCUCGUCGAAAACGUAGAGCCAACUACGCUCCAAAGCAUCAUUCAAAAAAAGCCAAGCGUAAUGAUAUGAAAUCUUCAGAAGACGAAUCAACCGAUUGGAGUGAUGUUGAAAUUCCGAAUGGAUUGUGUAAAGUAAAUGAUCCCAUGGGAACGGUCAUUGAUCCAAAUACAAUGCAGGAGGUGCAGAUGUGUGUUUAUCACCCUGGCGAGAAGCUGCACUUAAAAUCCCCCGAGAAAGGAAACAAACAGCUGGUAUUCAAGAAACACCUUAACACGGAGGAUUUUGGAGUUGGAGAAUUGACAUUGGGCCCCAGUGCUGAGAAAGGCAGACAGCACGUAAGACGUGACGUAAUGAUAUUCUAUGUUUUGUCGGGGAAAGUUAUGGUGACCAUCCACAAUGACAGCUUUGUGGCUGUUAAAGGAUCAACAUUUUUCGUUCCUCAAGGCAAUACUUAUAACCUCAAGAACCUACAUCGACGUAUGAACGCUCGCCUUACAUUCACACAGAUCAAAAAUAAAAUUGUGUAAUUAUGUUGAAAUUUCUGUGUUGCACAAUUAUAAAUUCGGAUGUCUUAAUACGUGUUUGUUUUGAAUUAUAAUUUUUUAAAUAUUUUGCAUAA